GGGGCGGGACUAGCGGUCGGAAGUGACGUAAUCCCAGGAGCGUAAUAGCACGAGCGGUAGCCGUUGGGGAAAGUGCUUCAUUGUUGCGCUGUCGGACGCCCGAAACUCCAGGCCAGAGACCAUGCCUAAAUCAAGGGAAGUUGUUUCUACAAGCUCGGACAGCGAAUCCGAUAGUGAAGUUGAUCAAAAGGCAAAGAGAAAGAAGUCUGCUACGCCAGAGAAACCAGUGAAAAAGCAAAAGAGUGGUGAAAGUUCUGGAGGUUCAAAAUGUGCCAAAAGUGACAAAGAUGAUAACCUAUUUCAGAUUGGCAAGAUGAGAUAUGUGAGUGUGCGUGAGUUCAAAGGCAAAGUCCUAAUUGACGUCAGAGAAUACUGGAUGAACCAAGAUGGUGAAAUGAAGCCUGGAAAGAAAGGAAUCUCUCUAUUACCAGACCAGUGGAAUCAACUGAAGGAAAUGAUUCCUGACAUUGAUGAUGCACUAAAAAAAUUAUAGAAUGUCCAUACAAAGAUGUACCCUGCUUUUGUCAUUGAAAGUGUCUAUCUUUAACAUUUGUUUUCUAAAAGAAGAAAUUAAGCUUUGUAUUGUACUGUUCAUGUGACUGUUUUGUUUAUGCAGCACAUCAGCUUUCAUUUUUAAAAUCUCACUAAGGGGUACACUAGAAAUAUGGAAUGAGAUUUGUUUUUAGUGUGGGGGAAAAAUGUUUCUUGAUGGUUAGCAACUGCCAUAUCAUGUCUUUAAACUGUUGCAUAUAUUAUCCCCAGCUAGUCAAUACAAGUCUGAAAACAGCUUCAUAAAUUUGUUGCUUUAUCAAGAUCUUUUUUGUUAGGGGUCCAAUUGCUGAAAUCUCUGGCUAUAUCAGAUUGGCAAUUUUAGCUUUCCCUUGUGGGUAAAUCUAUCCGAAGUGUUGCAAUAAGCUUUCAAGCCAGAAAGUCCUUGGUUUAAUUUGUGAUUGGUGCUGUUAGCUGAGCAGAUCUCACUCACCUGUAACAGAAUUCAGAUGCUAGUUUUCCUCAGUGCCCUGGUAUAGGAAAGGGGUUGUUUAUCAAUCGAGUUUCUACUUAGGACUCUCCUUCACUGUCGGCUACUGGAAAAUGAACCCAUUAAAGUCUGUUGAAGGAAGAAUUAAACCCACAUCUGUUGCUGUCCAUGGUAGGAACUGUUUAAAUUACUUGACUAAACGUAGACUUGCUGUUUUGACUUGCAUUAGAAGAAUGACAUCUUGAAUGAGCUGUCAAAACUUACUAGUCUAAGAUCUCUUGUGUUUUGAAUCUGUUCUAAGGAGUUUUCAAAAGGGGGCUUAAAUUGAAUGUUAACAAUGCUGUGGGGUUAAAUUAGUGUAUUUUCUUUGCUGUUGGUGAGUGUACUGUACAUUAGAGCAUCUGUGAGCUUAUGAUCCAGAUAUGCCUUUUUGUUAGAAUUGAGGAGGGUGAGUAAUGUUUAGCUCCUCCACACACUCAAACUAACUGUCCUUUGAGUAUUGUUGGAUUCCAUAGCUGGAAUAAUUUAGCUAUGAAUUUUUCAAGCUUUGUUUGGACUUUUGAACAGUUUUAAUAGCUUUAUAACUGAUUAGACUACAGGUAAGUGUCCGCAUUUAGUUGACUGAAUAGCAGUUGGUUUAAAUAUGAUCAAUGACUGACAUUUAGUCCCUAUUCAACAUUUCUCUGGUCUCUGAAACAACAUAACCAUUUAAGUGUUGGCUGUUUAGGUUUAGGGAUUUUAAUCUGAAAAGUGACUGGCUAGACAUACCACUAUAUGGACUCUUAAUUACAGUACUUUCAUGAGGUACUAUGCAUAAUUUAAUAUUUCCAGUAUGCUUUUGUAUUAUUUCACCAUAUUUGUCCACAUUUCUCUGAUCUGUAUUGAAAUAUGGUAAAUUAAAUAAAGCUGCAGCAAUUUGAUCUGA